AUGAUAAGAAGACAGGCUCGUGAACGCAGGGAGUAUUUAUACCGCAAGGCGGAGGAGCUACGCGACUCGCAACUGCAAGAAAAACGACAACUUAUAAAACAGGCGUUGGCGCAGGGGAAACCGCUUCCAAAGGACAUAGCAGACGAUGAACAGCUACAAAAGGAUUUUCAAUAUGAUCAGACGGUGCAAGAGACAAUAGAUGAUGAAUACAGCGCCACGAGUGGACUAGCGGACCCUAAAGUUAUUGUCACAACGUCGAGAGACCCCAGCACAAGACUUUCACAGUUCGCCAAAGAAAUCCGGUUAUUAUUCCCUACUGCCGUGAGGCUUAAUAGAGGUAACUAUGUGAUGCCUUCGUUGGUGGAUGCAUGCAAAAAAUCAGGGACUUCUGACCUGGUUGUGCUACAUGAACAUAGAGGUGUUCCAACUUCUCUGACAAUAUCACAUUUUCCGCAUGGACCCACCGCAUAUUUCACACUACACAAUGUGGUGUUAAGACACGACAUACUGAACGCUGGAAAUCAGAGUGAGGUAAAUCCACAUCUAAUUUUCGAUAACUUCACCACUCCAUUGGGACAGCGAGUAGUUACGGUGUUAAAGCACAUGUUCCCACCGGGUCCGAAAAAAGAUUCCGCUCGAGUUAUCACAUUUGCGAACCGUGGCGAUUUUAUCAGUGUUAGACAGCACGUUUAUGUGAGAACACGGGAAGGCGUGGAAUUGGCCGAAGUUGGUCCCAGGUUUGAAAUGCGAUUGUUCGAAUUAAGACUCGGCACGUUAGACAACAAAGAUGCAGAUGUGGAAUGGCAACUAAGAAGGUUCGUCAGAACUGCAAGCAGAAAGGACUACCUGUGA